AUGCGCAUCCUGCUGGCCAACGGCCUGUUCUGGGGCAACCUGCUCGUGGCCUGCCUCUCGCUCGGGGUGCUCAUGGUCGGCGUCGGCUUCGGCACCCGCUGGCGGAGGCACAUCCUGGCGCUCAUGCCUGGACACCACCUGUCCCUGGUGUCCUACUUCUUCAUGGCCUGCGGACUGGUGCUGCUUUCAGUGGCGUCCUUCGGCGUCGCCGUCUCCUGGAAGCUGCGCAGGAAAGAACGCACUGGAGGUGGACGUGGUGCCCGUGGCUGCGCCGUCUACAACGCCAUGGCCAUCAUCGUUAUCUUCAACGUCCUGUUCUGCUCGUAUGUGGUGUACCACUACGUGACACUAGCGCGGGUCGAGCUCGGCGACGACCUCAAGUACGCCAUGUACCAGUACUUCGUGGACGCCUCGUCCAGGGACAAGCUGGAUAACUUGCACCGGGACUUCAAGUGCUGCGGAGUGAGCAACUACACGGACUGGACCACCGCAACCACCGGGGCCGUUCUGAUGCGCGCCGCCGAUUCGGCCAGCAAGACGUUCGUGCCGCGCACUUGUUGCGUGGUGGAGACCUCUGACGGCGCCUGCUUCAAGUACCACGAGCAGGGCUGUCGGGACCUGCUCACCGACUACUUCAACAUGCUCCUACCGUCCAUCAUCUUCUGCGUCAUCUGCGUCGUCGUCUGGCUCUUGUGCCUCGUGCUCACCUCCGCUAGACUACGGAGGACGUUGCUGGAGGAAUCUAAAUAGAUGUUCCUGAGAGACGCCGUUUUAU